ACAAUUUAGUUUUGUGUAUUAAUUGAAUUAAGCAACAUAUUUAUUUAGGGAAGUGAAAAUGGAUAGAGAUCAAUUAGAACAUUUGCGAAGUAAGGAUCCACAAAAAAUUUGUGAGAUAUUGGAAAGAUUUAAUAAGAAAAAUGCGAAUCUAUUCGAUUUCGAGAAAUUCCAUCUGGAUAAUUUAUGGCUAAACUUAUGGCAAGCAAUAUUUAAAAUAUUAAAUACUGAACCGCUAGAAAAGUUACAUGUACUGAGCUUGAAUACGAUACGAAUACUUUCGCGGGAUAGACUUAGUUUGCAACGCCACAAUAUUGACAGCGAUGUACAUUGUUUACUUAAAUUAGCUCGAUUAACUUCCAGCACUUCUCUAAUACCGGAAACAAAUUGCGUGGACAAGAAUUCUACCGAUGUGGCGGCAGCCACUAGGCCCGAAUCGUCCGAUGAAAUGGAGACACAUCGAAUUGUCGAGGCCUUAAAAUGCUUGUGCAAUUUGGUUUUUCAAUCUGCCGAUUGCAGACGUCGCUGUGUACGUCAAAAUGUGGCGGAUCAUAUAAUACGACGCAUGUCUUCAACUGUACACAUUCCAUGUGCCUUGGAGUUAUUUGACACGAAAUUGUUAUUCCUUAUUACAGCUUUGGAAUCUUCAGUGCGCAGCCGUGUAAUGAUUGAAUUAAACGGUCUGACCUAUAUGACGGAAAAUUUAAACGAAAAAUUACAUAGCAAAGAGUUCAAUGAGGAGGAAUUGGAUGUGAUGGUUGAGUUACUCAAAGCGAUGUAUAACGUUAUCUCUUAUACUGAAAAAAGUCCAAGCGAGAAUGAAAUCCAAAAUCUUCAUUUGACGGGAGUGGUACGCGAGCUUUUAUUUCGCUUCGGUGCCAUGAGGGGUGAACGCGAGAGAGCAAUAGUCUCUAAUUGCAUAAAUUUGUUGGUCUAUGUGUCUAGUAGUUGCCUCAGCGAGCUUAUGGUAAAAUGGGAUUCAGAGAUUGGAACGAUUAGAGUUACCAUUUUCGAUAAGCAUAAUAUUUACGCUUUAGAUGUACUCCUAAAUUUUUUCCACCUCGUGGUAGAGGAACUAGAAAAUGGUGUAGCGCAUACUGACGUCAUUUCACCGGUUCUGACAGUGCUUGUAAAAUGCGUGGCUAGCAAUCGUAUUAUGAGACAUUAUGUACGUAGUGUAGUUUUGCCACCUCUAAAAGAUGUCUCGCAAUUACCAGAAGUGGGCACUGAAUUAAGAAAUUACCUAUGUCGCCUACAAGGCAACGCAGACAAUGUGGUACGCGACUUGACGUACGAAUUGCUUUUCUUGUGCUGCAAAAAAAAUCCAAGACGAAUGGUCAAACAUUUCGGCUAUGGGAAUAUGGCCGGAUUGUUUUGCAAAAAAGGUAUGCUGGAUUGUCGUCGUGUGGAAACGGACUUCUCAACAGACAGUGACGACAGUGACACCGAGGAAUACAAGAAAAAUCAACACGCUAUUAAUCCUGUUACUGGCUCCUUUAUCACGCCUCAGGCCAAUCCAAUGCAGAAUAUGUCGGAGGAAGAAAAGGAAUAUCACGCGAUGCAACUAGUUAACGUUAUCGAUAAAUUACAUCGCGGCGGGCUUAUAAAACCUUGCAAUAUAGGAGACGACGGUAAACUGCAACCUGUCGAUCAUAUCCUUGAGCUACAAACUGGCUUAAUUAAAAAUGUUGAUUCCCAUAACAUGCAAAACGAUAAUUAAUUACAUUCAUAAGCAAUUCAAAAUUAUUUAUAGUACAUCAUAAAAGUAUUUUAGUUAUAAAACUGCACAUGACUAUAUCGCCAUAGUUCGAUCUUCGUUAGAAACUGUGAUAUGUUGUCGUGACAACUUUUUAUCUUCGUGUUAAUUUAGUGGAUGAUAAUUUUUUUUUAUUAUUUAAUUCCAAAGACAAUUAAA